AGGCUGUGUAAUGCAUGGAAGAGUAAUUACGAAGGCUUCCGGAGCGAAAGAAUGGGAUAGUAGACUUUCCGGUUCACACCCCUUCCGCAAAGUUGUGUGGGCAGUAGGCGCCGAUGCGCUUUCCGAGUACACAUAUCAGCAUUUACAUGAUCCAAUCCGAAUGCUUACAGAACUAGGCUGGCACAAAGACGAGGUCUUAUCCAUGGUGGAAAAGGGAUUUGAGUUCCAGCUGAUAGUGUGGGGUGGGAACGACCCAGCCACAGGCCAGUGCGAUAAAUCAACUGAUCUCAACCGAGCAACCAUCCCAGCUGCAUGGCCCAUAGCGUGGCAGAAGGUCCGAAAAGGCUAUCAGCAGGACGGCAUCGAGCUCCCUUUUGUUACAGACCAGGUGCUGAAGAAAUUGCACACCACACACUUCAGUGAGUUGACCGGUGGAGGUUGUAAACGCCACGGUAGUCGUUGGCAAUGCGGUUCGACUGAGGCCCAGAACGCUUUCAAUGAGCUAAAAUACGGGCAAGCAGGUCUCGACUACUUUUUGACGCUGGACAGACCAUCUGCUCUGCAGGUGCGUGCCUUUCUGUGUAAUGUUCUUCAGUUUGACACUUUAUACACGGGUCUGGGGUACACUCAAACAGACGAAGGAGUGCUCACUCACGCUUAUAACUGGGCAGAAUUUCUGCUGUACAACAGAGAGAUUAGCACGUUGCCGUAUGCUCAACGUCUUCCCAUACAUAUAUAUCCGGAUAAUUUUGGAGUGGACCGGUGACUGGGGGAAGUAUACAUCGAAAUACUUACAGAGAGUGAUGCCAUAUGACAAAUAGCGAUCCAACAUGUGCUUUAAACAACUAUGUGUGAACGUAUUUUGCGUUCUACGCUGGUCUGUUGUAGUGACACACAUGAUGUAAAGACCACUGCUGAUUUUUAUCGCAAGUAUAUAAACAGAUAUAAGACCAA